UUUUCCCCUUUCAAGUCAGGCCAUGCAUGUCGCUUCUUCACUUUCUCAAACAUCCGAUCUUUACAAAACAUGAUUUCUUAAACUGCUACAAACGAACGCUUCAUCUAAAUCCAAUCCAUAUGCAGCUUACGCCCCAAGACCCUGAUGUUCUAUCAUAGCUUGGCCUUCGUCUCUCCAAUAAACGCCCGACCCUUCUCAAGCUCAUCACACAGCACCAAGGGCCGUCCACCGCGCGAUCCGUCCUCAGUUAUUAAACCUGUGUACACUCCGUUCGUCUCUCUUCCGACUCCAUCGUUUUGUAUCUCUCUCCAUCGCCACUUCUCGCCAAGCUUACCACCAUGGCCUUGCAUAACAUCCACGAUCUUCUCGCCCAAGUUGGGUAGGAACUUGAAUCCAUGUCCGCUGUCGCCUGUUGCAACAAAAAGUCCCUUCCAGCCCGGGUGGUAGUCAAUCAGCCACUCGCCGUCUCGUGUAUCGGAAUACCAGCAGAUUCGAGCCUCCUUCCAUGGUCGGGUUUCUAGGCCACGUAUAGGACACAGGUCCGUGAGCGCGCGGCGUAGAUCUUUGUCGGCCUCGGCGGUUAAAGGGUUCGAGGAAUCGUUGCGAGAGGUGUAGGGUUGGGAUGCGAGGAAGGGUUCCCGCUUAUCGUUGGGAGAAGGAGGAAGAGCGUUGUUAAUCUUGACCGGGUUAAUGUAUCCGAAUGUGUGGCGGGCGGCCUUGAGGACGUUAUUUCGAGGGGGGAUGAGGAAGAGGCCGGUGCUGAGGUUCAACACUACAGGGAAGUUGUCGAGUCGCUUCUGCUCUUCUGGUGUGAUGUCCAUAUACGCGACUGCAUGGCCAGUAGCCUCUGUUCUUCCUCGAAGGUCAACGAGCGAGCCGGACCAAGCACCAGCAGCUACCAUGACCACAUCGGCCUUGAGAACCUCUGAGUCGCUCAAUUUCGCACCAAUGACUCGGUCGCCCUCUGUCACGAGCUCUGUCACUUUGCCGUUGACGAACUGGAUACGUCCUGUGGCCUGAGCCUGCUUAUAGAGCCACUUCAUACCCUCUCCGGCAUCAGCCCAGCCAGAGUUGCCAUUGAGGUAGCCCCAGUCUCCGGGAUAGCCGUCUGUGCCGAGGAACUCUUGGAGAGCCUUGGUACUCUCCAGCUUUUGGAUCUUAUCCACAGGCAGACCAGUCUGCUUAGCGAUCGACUCGACAUUCUUGGCGCUCUCCUUGGUAUAGUCCAUGCCAGACUUCUUGAGCUUGAAGUCUUUGGGGGUUUCGCUAGCGCAGAGGACAAAGCCCGACUCGGAAUAUCGUCCCUGUCCACCGACCUCAUGGUCACCCUGCUUUCGCCAUUCCUUCUGCGCCUCGGCGGCAAGCGCGGCAUAGUAAGGGUCCGAGUAGUCGGCUCGUACAAUUCGAGACGAGUCUACACUGGCAGCAUCUUCUGGAGGAAACUGUCCUGCACAGUCGUCGAUGACAGUAAUCGAGGUGUUGGAGUAGUGUGGUCGUUUGGCCAAAGCCCAGGCGGUGCCGAGCCCAAAGACUCCAGAGCCAACGAUAAGGAUAGAAGAGGGAGCGCCAGCCAUUGUGACAGACAGAGAUGAUAGACGGUCGAGGAGAAGACAAGAAAGGCUUCCUACGAGGCACGAUCACUUAUCUGCCACUGUCAACAAAAGAAAGUUCACAUGGGCCGAUGAAAUGCGAAGACUUUUCCCCGUUCCCACACCGAUCACGGCGUUGUCCGAGUAGGAGAGCGUCGCAAACGACACUAGAACGGGGCCAAAAAUCGGCUGAUAAGUCUUUGGCGCUGCCGAGAAUCGGGGCUAGUUUGCUGAUUGACUACGAGAAUGCCAUUAUUGGCUGGGCACGUGAGUGGAUAAUCAUGCAUCAUCGACGCACGCGAGCUUCACACACAAAAUGUCAAAAAAGACUUCAAACUUCGGAGAACUUAAAACUUUAUUUAUAUCUCACUACUGAGAAAAAGCUGCACACUCUGGAGAAUGCAUCUCGCAGAUGUUGGUUCAAGUUCAUGGCAACCAUGUGAUUGUCUUGACCACCAGCAGAGAUGCUGGGGUAUGCUCUCCAUGUUUUCACGAACUCGUUACCAAGUUCAUGUUGUUUUUUUACUGAACCCUCAAAAGGCUCACUUGGGCAACUGUUCGACUUUGUUUCCUCAGCACCCUCUCUCAACUCAACGCGUCCCUCAGGAAUAUUAGAAGCGCUCAAAUCAACUGAGCGCGUGCGCCACAGUACUGGCGCGAGCAAUCUAUGAUGUGUCGCGGGAUGAGUAGUCUUUGCUUUUCCCCAGAACCGAAAUCCCUCGUAAAUAAUCCCCUUCCUAACCGCCCCUGCCAACGCCAUUGCAAUGCAGAAAUUCAAAAUGGUACAAACGCAAAUUCCUGGCCUCCAGCCUGGGCAUCAAGACCAGUUGGAAGACAGAGAACAUGAAAGCAAUCGUGGUAUCAUGACGGGUUGUCUAAUCAUACACGUCGAUAAGGUGACAUUGUAGUGUCGGAUGUAAGAUGACAAAGAGUCAAGUGGCACCUUAGACUUUGCGGAAAUCUGAUGAUGGUUGUUAGUAUCGAUGCGACCAAAGAAACAGUGAAUAAAGACAAACCUUGCAACACAGGGUAGAUCAUCUCGAAGGCCUGGUAGAUUUCCUCGCGGACCUUGGCACCAGUCAAGACGAUCUUGCCACUGACGAAGAUGAGAAGCACGAUCUUGGGCUUGAUCAUGCGGUAGAUGAGACCGGGGAACAACUCGGGUUCAUAAGAACUGAAAUUGUGAUGGCGAGAUGCCAAACCCUCAAGUCGGAUAGGGAACUUGAUAUCGCAAGAGCCGACAAUGUUCUGAAUCUUGAAGUCGGUGAACUUGGCAUUGAAUCCAAGCUUCUGAAUAAUACGAGCGUACUUUCUUGAAGCGAGCUUCGAAUCGUCUUCAGACUUAGCACCAGUGACGACCAUCUUGCCGGAAGCGAAGAUCAGAGCGGUGGUCUUGGGCUCGCGGAUUCGCAUGAUGACAGCGGCGAAACGCUUUUUCCUGUUAGCAACGUGUUUCUUACUCGGUAUGCACGUCAGGUCUGUAGUACCUUAGGGUUGUACUCUGCGUUACGAGCGUGCAGAGCAAUAGUCUUGAGGUCCAAGCGGCAGUCCAAGUUCACUGUAGCCACGAUGUUCCUUUAAAGUUUGCCAG